UCUGGGCUCUAGGCAGGCGGGCGGCCGGCCGGGGAUUGGGGGGGGGGAAAGAGCGGCCCGGGCUUCGGGGCGAGGGGACGGGAGAGCCGGCGCCGUCGAUGAGAGCAGAAAGCCGCGCCUUCCAGGAGCCGCGGGAGAGAUGACAGCGGAGCCGCGGAGGUACUUUCUAGCUAUCAGAACAAUUGUUCAUUGUGGCAGAGAGUUCAGCGUACUCAAUUGAUAUGUUAAACUAAGCCUUAGUCUGCAGCCUGGUAUAUGCAUGGGAUUCAGAAAAGACUCAAGAGUUAUCACCUUGGAUCAUGGCCAGAAAUUCACAAUCAGUAUUAGGAAUGCAUGUGAUAGCACCCAGUGAAAGCAAGCUGAAUACAUUAGUGCAGAAGCUUCACGAAUAUCUGGCUCAGUCAACAGAACAAGGUGAAGAAACCCUCUCCUCUCCAGAACUGUGUGUAAAUCAAGCUUCAGGUGAAGGGAACCCGGCUCUUUUUUCUAUUUCACGUAUGGAGCAUAAGGAGGUCUCCAGUCAAAAAUCAAAGUCUUUGGGAUCAUCCCGUUCUAGAAGGAAACCCUCUGUUGUAACAAAGCACAUUGUGUCAGAUGAUGAAACAUCAAAUGACAAUACAUCUGAUUGUGAAAAACUAACUUCAAAUAUUGAGGACACAGAUGAUUUAGAUGUGAAUUGUUUGCCUAAAGGCACAGUCGUUGUACAGCCUGAACCAGUAUGGAAUGAAGAUAAAGAUAACUUCCGAGGACCUGAAUUUAGAAACAGAAAUCCUAAGAACAAAAUGGAAACAUCUAAGAAACGUGGAGAUGAAAAUCUGCAAGGAAUAGUCAGCUGCACUGCUUGCGGGCAGCAAGUAAACCACUUUCACAAGGAUUCAGUCCAGCGGCAUCCUGCACUGAAAGUUCUUAUUUGUAAGAACUGCCAUAAGUACUAUAUGAGUGAUGACAUUAGCAGAGAUGCUGAUGAUAUGGAUGAACAGUGCAGAUGGUGUGCUGAAGGUGGAAAUCUGAUUUGUUGUGACUUUUGUCACAAUGCAUUUUGUAAAAGCUGCAUAUUGCGUAACCUGGGUAGAAAAGAACUUUCCAAUAUUAUGGAUGAAAACAAAAAGUGGUACUGCUAUGUAUGUAAUCCAGAGCCUUUAUUGGAUUUGGUCACAGCUUGUGACAGUGUAUUUGAGUGUCUUGAUCAGCUAUGGCAGCAAAACAAAAGGAAGAAAGACUUCGAAAAGUUCAAAUUUGACAAUGAGAAAUGCAAAUCUCCAGGCCCUCAUGACAGUGACAAGUCUGUAGAUCAAGAUUAUAAAAAUACUCAAAGAAUUUCCAGUAAAGAUUGUAAUGGACAGGAAAAAGAUACAAGUUCAUUGAAGAGUCUUUCUUCAGGAUCUGGAACUAUUACAUAUUCCUACAAGGCAUUGAAAGUACCAAAAGAGAUUCUGAAGAAGGCUCGCAAACUAAUUGAUACAACUGCUAACUUGAAUAUUAGCUUUGUUAAUUUUUUAAAACAAAAAGACUUGGAUGAAUCUGAGCCUAAUGUAAACAUGAGACAAUUGAGAGCUUUUAAAUCUGUGCUUGGUGAUCUAAAGAAAGUACAUCAUGCAUUGGAGGAGGUCAUAGAUAAAGAAAUUCAAGACUUGGAAAUGGAGCAAAAAAAAUCUACUGAAUCCUUACAAGAUUGUGUUAUCAAAGUUGAGGCACAGAAAUCCACUAAAAAUGAGAAUAAUGCAGUACCUGGUAAAACAAUUGCAGAAAAAUGUGUUUUGGCAGAAGACAAAUCUGAUCAAAUGGAAGUGACUUUGGUUUCAAGUGAACUUGAUAAGGCUACUGAAGAUGAAAAAAUAAAGGUAGAAAAAGAUAAAUUAAUGCUUACUCCAGCAGUAAAUAGUAUUGCCAAUGACUGUUCGUUAAGUGACCCUUUGGACAACAGCAAUUCAGAUGCUCCACACGGGAGCUCAAGUGAGGGGCUUGAAUCAGAAAUGGCAGAAGCCACUUUACUUAACAGUUUAGAUGAAGCAUUGCAUAUGGGAUGUGUUUCUUCACUAACUGGAGGUUUGUUUGAGGCUUCUGACUCAUUGCUACCAGAUACGGAUACAGUGAAUAAUUCUGCAAGUCAGUGUGCAAUGCCUGGUACUGUUGAAAGUCGCAAUAAUUCAGAAAAAUCUUCAGAGUUUGACUCUGAUUCGAGUACAAAAUGUUCACUGAAACGUGAAAUUUCAACAAAAUUGUCCCCAGUUUCACAGAAGAAGGGUAAGAAAACGGCACAGGGUCUACGCGGGAAAAAAUUGCUGAGGAGGAGUAAACGAGGUGUAGCUGAGCCUGGGGAUGGUGGCGAUAAUGAAGGUGAGGCAGGGGGUGGUGGUGAUAGUGAAGCUGAGGCUAGGGCAAAUGAAGCUGAGUCUGCAGGGCAUGAUGACAGUGAAGUUGAGGUUCCUGGGAAUAUUGGCAAUGAUGCAGAGGCUGCUGGGGAUGGGAGUGAAGUUGAAGCAAUGAGGGAUAAUACUGAUGCUGGUGGAGUUGAUGACAAGAGUGGUGCUGAAGUUGCAUCAGCAUCUGAUACAGGUGAAGAUAAGAACCAUGAUACUGGAGAAGACAGUGGUGAUAGAAAUGGUAGCCAGGUUAAUAUAGGGCUUGGGGAUGGCAUCAGUGCUGCAGGCAGUAUGACUAAAAACAAAAAGAUUGCAGAGAAAUCUCAAAUGAGCAAAGCAAAUUUUACAAAAAGAAGGAAGAAAAAAUCUAAUGAAGAAAAUGUUGAAAAUGAUGCUGCAAAUGAUGCAUUGGUUCUGUCAGAGGACCCUGAUACCAAGCGCUCACCUCGUUUUAAGACUACACCCCUAAGACGUCCUGGAGGGGCAGGGACUGUCAAUUCUAGAUCGGAGGAAGACACUGAAAGUGGUGGUGGCAAGAAACGUAGGAAAUCAAAAAAUAAAUCAAAGGACAAUGAAAAAGUUUCAGGUAAAGUCAAGACUAGCCGAUCAAAAACAUCAAAUGAGAGUGUCAAGUCUGAGAUGGAAGAAUCUGAUCCUGAUAAAUCAGAUACAUUGCAUAAACCUGGUGAACAAAUUACCUCUGAUUCUGAUGAGAUACCAGAGGUACUGAGAAAGGCAGCAGUGAAACAUGAUAGUUCAUCUGAUGCUGAUAACAAAGACAGUGAUUCAUCACAAAAAGUUAAAAAGACACGGUUGUUUGAUCUGAGAAAACGAAUGCCACGAGCAAAUAACACAGAUAGUCUUAAACGGAAGAGGAAGUGUUCAACCUCCAGCUCAGAUUUUGGUGGAAAGGAAAGAAAAAGAACUAGUAAAAGGACUUGUGUUAUUAAUAAAAAAAGACGACAUCAUUCUGACUCCUCCAACUAUGACUCUGACCUAGAAAAGGAAAUCAAGAACUUGAGUAAAAUCAGUGCUGCGAAAAAAUCAUCUUCAAAGAAAGCAAAAAAGCAGGCAACAGAGGAAGAUGAGGAUGAUUCAUUCAAAGAUGAUGAGAAAGCUUCUGCAAAAUCUGUUCAAGAGAAGACAACACGAUUGAAACGCAAGAAAAGAGCUAUGGAAAGAAAGCAAACCUCUUCAUCCUCGUCAGAUGGUGAUGAAGCAGCUGAGCAAGUGGACAAGCAUGAUCUUCCUGGAGAAGGAAGUAGCGAUGAACAAAAAAUACAGCCUAUCAUGGAAAACGUUAUGCUUGCAACUGGAUCUGGAUUUUGCCAGUCAUCAGGUGAUGAAGCAGAAGGCAAUUCAAAAAAUAUCACCCAAUGUGCCAGUGACGAUUAUGAUGAUGAUCCUGAGAAUAGAAUUGCCAAGAAGAUGCUAUUAGCAGAAAUAAAUGCAAAUUUAUCAUCUAAUGAUGAUAAAUCUUCAGAGGAAGAAUCUGAAGAAGAGAAGAAAUCUGACCAAAGGAAUGAACAAGACGAUGAAGAAAAUGAUGAAGAGGAAGCUGAAGCUGACUCGGAUUCAGACUCUGACUUUGAAAUGACAAAGAAGCCACGUUAUAGGCAUCGGCUCUUGAGGCAUAAACUCUCAAUGAGUGAUGGUGAAUCUGGAAAUGAAAAGAAAGGCAAAGUCAAAGAUGGAGUAAAGGAGGGCACACGCAAGAACAGAAGGAAAGUGAGUAGUAACGAAGGUACUUCUGAAGAAGAGAGUGACUCUGAUUUUCAGGAAUCUCAAUGUAGUGAAGAGGAAAGUGAUUCUGAUGAUAAACGGAAACGUCCAAGGACAAGAGCAUCGAAAAAAGAGGCAGAGGAAAGCCAGCGCAGCUACUUGCUGAAAAAGAAAAGAAGGCGAAUUAAAGUUCAGGAAAACUCAUCAAGUGAAAAGAGCAAUUCAGAAUCUGGUAGUAAAAGUAAUAGUGAUGAUGAAGAAAAUGAAGAUGAUAUAAAGUCCCCUGCAAAAGGUCGGAAGAAGAUAAGGAAGAUUUUGAAAGAUGUCAAUUUGCGAACAGAGACUCAAAAUGCCUUAAAAGAAGAGGAAGAUAGAAGAAAGCGCAUUGCUGAUAGAGAAAAAGAGAGGCAAAGGUUGAGAGAGCAGGUGGAAGUAUUGGAAGGUACGUCGCCUAUACAAUGUCCAAUAACCACUAAACUGAUCCUUGAUGAAGAUAAGGAGACAAAGGAAUGCCUUGUCCAAGUCCAUAGAAAUUUGGUGCGAAAACUGAAACCCCAUCAAGUAGACGGUGUACAGUUUAUGUGGGACUGUUGCUGUGAGUCAGUGAGCAAGGCCUUAAAAGAGCCGGGCUCAGGAUGCAUAUUGGCACAUUGCAUGGGACUUGGAAAGACAUUGCAGGUUGUGACCUUUCUGCAUACUGUGCUGUUAGCUGAGAAACUUGAAUUCAGAACUGCUUUAAUCGUUUGCCCACUUAACACUGUGUUGAAUUGGAUCAAUGAAUUUUCAAAAUGGCAGGAAGGACUGGAUGAUGAUGAAUGCUUGGAGGUUAAUGAAUUAGCGACAGUUAAACGUCCUCAGGAGAGAGCCUACCUUCUUGAAAGAUGGGUGGAGGAUGGAGGUAUAAUGAUUCUAGGUUACGAAAUGUAUCGAAAUCUUGCACAAGGCAGAAAUGUAAAAAGCAGGAAGAUGAAAGAAAUGUUCCAGAAGACUUUAGUAAACCCUGGUCCGGACUUUGUUGUCUGUGAUGAAGGACAUGUGCUUAAGAAUGAAGCUUCAGCAAUAUCAAAAGCGAUGAAUUCUAUCCGAACAAAGAGGAGGAUCAUUCUUACAGGGACACCAUUACAAAAUAACCUUGUUGAAUAUCACUGUAUGGUGAAUUUCAUUAAAGAGAAUCUUCUUGGCUCAAUAAAGGAAUUCAGGAACAGAUUUAUGAAUCCUAUUCAGAAUGGACAAUGUGCAGAUUCGACUUUAGUGGAUGUGAGAGUAAUGAAGAAACGUGCCCACAUCUUGUAUGAAAUGUUGGCAGGUUGUGUGCAACGCAAAGAUUAUACUGCACUUACAAAAUUCUUGCCUCCAAAAUACGAAUAUGUUCUUGCUGUGAGAAUGAUGCCACUUCAGUGCAAACUUUAUCAGUACUACCUUGACCACUUUACAGGUGUAGGAACUAGUAAUGAAGGUGGAAGGGGUAGAGCCGGAACAAGACUCUUUCAAGAUUUUCAGGUGUUGAGUAGGAUAUGGACCCACCCCUGGUGUCUGCAGUUGGACUACAUCAGUAAAGAAAACAAGGGAUACUUUGAUGAAGACAGUAUGGAUGAAUUCAUUGCAUCAGAUACAGAUGAGACCUCAAUGAGUCUUUCCUCUGAAGAUGAGAAAAGUAAAAAGAAGAAAAAGCGUGGAAAGAAAAAUGAAAGCAGCUCUAAGGAGAGUGGCAGUGACAACGAUGUAGAGGUGAUCAAGGUCUGGAAUUCAAGAUCACGUGGUGGAGGAGAAGGAAGUGUGGAAGAGAAACCUAUAGAGUCUGCUGUAAAAACAGAUGAUGCAAAGCCUUCCACUGGUUCCAAUCCAGGUAGCCCUUCAGCUGACUGGUACAAAGAAUUCAUUACAGAUGCUGACGCGGAGCUAGUUCACCAUUCUGGGAAAAUGGCCAUCUUAUUUGAAAUUCUAUAUAUGUCAGAAGCAAUUGGGGAAAAAGUACUUGUCUUCAGUCAGUCACUGAUUUCACUGGAUUUAAUAGAAGAUUUUCUGGAGAUAGCAAAUAGAGAAAAAACAGAUGGCAAAUCUGAUAUUUAUAAAGGUGAUGGGAAAUGGUACAGAAACAUUGAUUACUAUCGGAUGGAUGGAUCCACAAGUGCACAAACAAGGAAAAAGUGGGCUGAGGAGUUCAAUGAUGAAACAAAUGUCAGAGGCCGUCUAUUCAUCAUUUCCACGAAAGCUGGUUCACUGGGGAUUAAUCUUGUGGCUGCCAACCGUGUCAUAAUUUUUGAUGCCUCCUGGAAUCCAUCUUAUGAUAUCCAGAGCAUCUUUCGUGUGUAUCGUUUUGGACAGAUAAAGCCCGUCUUUGUGUACAGAUUCUUGGCUCAGGGAACCAUGGAGGAAAAGAUUUAUGAUCGUCAAGUAACAAAACAGUCACUUUCAUUCCGUGUAGUCGACCAGCAACAGAUUGAACGUCACUUCACAAUGAAUGAGUUGACUGAACUCUACACCUUUGAACCAGAUCAGCUAGAUGAUCCAAACUCUGAAAAGAAGAAGAAAAGAGAUACUCCUGUUUUGCCCAAGGAUCAUAUUUUAGCAGAAAUACUUCAAAAUCGGAAAGACUACCUUGUGGGUUAUCAUGAACAUGACUCACUUCUGGACCACAAGGAGGAAGAAGAACUGAGUGAGGAGGACCGUAAAGCAGCAUGGGCUGAAUAUGAAGCAGAAAAGAAGGGUCUCUCCUUACGAACUAAUGUCGCAACUGGGACUAAUUUCCCUGGUGCCAAUUUCAGCUUGCAAGCUACACAUUUUCCUUUCAACAUAGCAACUUUAUCCGCAAUGAGUAAUCAACAGCUGGAGGAUCUUAUCAACCAAGGCAGAGAGAAAGUAGUUGAAGCCAGCUCUAGUAUAGCAGGUGUGAGAGCAGAAGCUCUUGAGGACCUAAUUGCACAAGUGUGGAAAGAGAAUCCCAACCUGACUGAAGAACAGGUUCAAGCAGUGUCACUCACAAAGCAAGCAACCCAAGAGUUAGAAAUAAAACGUAGAGAAGCUAUGUACAAUGAUAUCCUUUCAAAGCAGCAGCUGCUGAUACGUUCAGUGCAACAGAUAUUAGUGAGCCGACGGCAGCAGCAGAUCAACCAGAUGGCACAUCAGCAGCAACAGUAUCCAAUUACACCACUUUUAAACCAAUUUCUGUCUUCAAGAAACCCUGGCCCGAUACUUGGUUAUCCACACUUGGGUUUAAGAGGACUGUCUAUGUACCCACAAACUGCGCCUGGCAUACGGCCACCUCCUUUACAGAGAGCACCACCUGCACCCAUGCAGAUGAAGGGGCAGUCUCCUGGCCCCCCACAGCUGAAACAAGGAAUAAAAAAUUCAAAGAAAUAGCCAUUGUAAGAGAUUUUACCAGAAGACACAGACAUAAUAUUGUGCCUUUGCUAUGGUAGCAAGCACAUUUCUGAACUGAAGAAAAACAAGUGACCAAUUUAUAACUGGGACACUACUUGAGUGCAUAGAAUCAUGCUGAGAUACUCAGUGGUAACUGUCAUAGGAGAUUCCAAGGAAUCUUAACAUUGUGUAUAUAGCCUUAAUAAAUAUGUGACUGGUGUGGAAGAGAACCAGUUUUCUUCCAAUAUUUUUUCCUUUCUGCCAGUUUUGUUUAAUUCUGAUGUAUCAGAGCAAUUUGAAAUACUUUGGGGAGGUGGGAAGUUGAGAGUCCAGAACUCACUGACCAAUGAAAAUGUAUUUAAAUUCUCAUUUUUUUCACAUGCUUCCUAUAUAUCAGGAAUAAGCCCAAGUUGACAAAAGGACAAUUCAUUAUUGUUGCCCCUUCCAGAAAUAGUUUUGGGUGAUAAUGCUUGCGUGUCUCAGAGCUAACAAGUCAAGGUUUUUCCACCAUAACCAUUUAUUCUUAAACCUCUUGUUCCAAAACAGUAACAUUUCUGAAUUGCUGAAACUUCUAGAACUGGUUUAUCUUCGAUAAAUCAAGAUGCUGUUAUUUGCUAGUCUCAUUUGGUAAUUGUUAUGAAUGGCAACUCAAAUUUCUGAAUAAAGCCUCCAUUCUCUUACAAAUUGAGAUUAAUUCUUUAGCAGUUCCACUGUGCAGUUUAUUGAUUUAGUGUAUUUUUUUUCAGCUUUUGUAAUACAAAUUAAUGGGCUUUUACUCUUUAGGCUAAUUUGUUGCCUGUGAACCCAAUAUGAAAUUAAAUUCAUCUUGCCUUUCAAUAUGUACUAGAUGAUAGAGAUGAAGCCAGAAUUGUUAUCUCGGGUGUGAAGUUAUUUCUGGAUGUCUUUAACUGUGGAUGAACUAGAGAGUGCCCAGUCAUGCCCUGUGGGUUACUAUUGAUGUAGUCUUCACCAAAGGUUAAUUCAAUUUAUGCAACCUGAUACAUUGUUGCUUUGUUAGAAUUGGCCUCUACUGUAAGGAUGUCAUCCUUUUCCAUAAGGACUCUUGCAGAAAUGAACAUUUCCUGAUUCUGUGGCAUCUGCUUUAAAAGGCACCAUUUGAUCCUUGCUGGUGCUGGUUAUGCCAUUGUCAGGGAAUUGCUGCUGGUCUAUGAUAUACCCGAGUGUUCCAUCAGGAUUGGGAUUACAGCUUUACUGAUAACUGAACUUGUUCCCUGGCUGCCCAGAAAGUCAUCAUCCAGUUCUUGUAACUUGCAUUUAUCAUGGCAACUGAGCCUUUUCAAUUUUACGUAGAAAUUAUUAUUGUCUGUGAGCUUCUAGAUUUGGUGUUCCAUCAGCUAUUGAUGACAGAACCAUAAUGAUUGAGACUGUUGAUUUGCUAAAUUCUCUCCCUGUUGAAUGUGAUAUCUGUAUCAAAGCCCAUGAAAAAUUUGGCCCUAACCACCUCUUAGCUGUCACAAAGAAAGUAUCUUGAUUUCAGUGUGCAGAUGAAGCCUAUCCUAAAUCUGUAAUGUUAAAAAUAUACAUUGUGCUUUAGGAACCAGAAAGCAAUUAUUAAUAUACUCUGCAUAAUUAUCAUACAGAUUGAAAAUUGAUUAAAUGAAGUCAACUAAGAACCAUCUUCAAUAUCAUGGGCUAGCUUUGAGGGUAUUUUAUACAAUAUCUGAAGGGCUGGCUUGAGGGGAGAAUGACCACCCUAUGUUGGUUUUCCAUCAAGAAAACCUUGAAAUUCAUUCCGCCUAUUAGAUGCUGCUAGGUCAUGCUCCUGGUGCAUACUGUUGAUUUUCAUUUAAGGAAGGAAUUAGAUUACUUAUAUAGAUUAACUAGUACAGUGCUCUUCUCUUGAAUAAAAGCAUCUGAAUUAUUAACAAUUCACUCAAACAUUUCUGUUACCUUUGAACGUACUCAAUAGAGUCAAUAUGUAUUGCCUAUUUGCAGGUUUUGGUUCCCAAACAAGACAUUGUUAGGUUCUGGUGGGGAAACAAAAUGAUGUCAUUACAUUACUUUUUUUUUAAUAUCUUAAUGGGAUUAUAUUCCUAUUGAGAAUCUUGACUAUCUGUGGUAAGUGGAAGAUGCUUCUCUUCAAAGACUAAAGAACACAUUAGAGACAGGUAAUGUAAAUUUUAGAAGCCUUCAAGGGUCUCUCUUUAUGUAAUCACAUGACAUUUUGUUUCAUACAUAUGAUUAAAGUGGCAUAAAUUUGUAUUAGUAUGGUAAUGCGCAUUUCUAUACUGUCAGCCAAAUGUAAACCAAAAAUAAAAUUACUCUGCACUCUGGCUGCAAGUUUGUUCAAAUCUUUACAACUCAAAGCUACUUAGCUAGUGAUAUGAUGUAUGAAAGAUGAACGUUUUCUAAUUGCAUCAAUGAUUGAAUCAUGAAAUAUACUCAGAUGAUUUUAUUAAGGACUUGCAGCAGCAAAAUGUAACAGUUUCAAGUCUUUAUUUGCUGUUGUGUGUUAUAAAAUACAUAUUGUCUUUAAGUCUAUUGUAUUCACUAUGCAAUUGAUGCAAUAUAACAAACUCUUAGUUUUAUUGAAAGAUGUGACUUACGUAUUUGGCUGAUAACUUAAAAGAAUAAAAUCCAUUUGCACAGUAGCUAUUUGCUUUCAAUGGCAGAUUUGUCUUUUAAAUAGGCUGGCCAUCCACUUUUACCCUUAUCUAUUGAUAACCUUAAUGUGCCCCAUCUGCAGUUCAGAGUUGCACCUUUGGGAAAUUCUAAAUUUGUGUUAUAAAUUUACAUCCAUAUAUAUAUUGUUCCUCAAAUUGCUGACAAGAUCUUUGGGGAGUGGGAGUAGAAGUGUGUGUGUGUGUAUUUUAAUAUUGUAUUUGUUCAUUUGGUAGAAUGACGUCUACUGCCUGCUGGGCGAUCAAUUCCUCUUCCCCUUCCCGUUUCCCAUCUCCCUUCCCAAGCCAGUAUUGAGCUAGCCAGUUACCUGAGUCUUAACCUCCUUUGCUCAUCAUUUGCAAAAUUGAUGUCAUAUAUAAUAUGCAGUUUAAUUGUCGGGACCUUGUCUUUUGAAGCUCUAAACACUUAAAGCUAGGUGUCCAUACAUUCAAGAGAAACUUAAAAUGUAUUUGGGCAGUGAGAUUAUUUUCAGUUCCUUGGUUUUGGUACUCAAUUGGCUUUAUUUUCACAGUGCUCUCUUCUACUGUAAUUGAUUUCCUCUUUAGGAAUUUUCUUUUUGUAACAAGAGCAACAAUUGCCAGCAGACAUUUUACCAAAUAUUCUGACAGUACUGUUCAAAACUAUUUGCUUUUAUUUUUCUUAAAUAAAAGGAAAAAAAUGAAGCCAUGGAUUUCACUUCGAUGGUAUUGAGUUAAUACAUACGUAUUUUUUUCAGAUGAAAUAAACAGUAUAAAGUUUGGACUGCUGGGUAUGUUUCACUUUAAAGUAGCAUUGUACCUUUAAAAUUUUCUGUGCUCUGUUUGGCACACAGUUUUACCAGGAAAUAGUUGUGAAAUAUAUUAUGGUUGUGGUUGGACAACAAAUUACAUCACCCACACUGUUAAUUUUUUAUAAAGUUAGAUGUGAUUUACAUAGUUGCUGUUGCUUAACUGAUAAAUAUGUUGCAGCUUGUAUUAAGACUAAAAAUGGCGGAAAACCAUAUUUUCUAACUCGUUCUGUCCUUAAUUUUGGAUGUAAAGCAUUCUUUGCUUAGUUAAAUGUUUUGUAUCAGAUGUGCCCUAGUUGAAUAGCAAAAGCAAGCCCUAAACUAUCAUUUGCUGUUGGAUUUCAACAGCUGGGAAGAUGUAACAAUCCUGCUUGCUUUCUACAUAUUUUAGAAAUUGUUUCAACUGUAUUUAUUCACUACCCUAAAUAUUGUAGAAUUGAUGCAACUUCAUCCCAUAGGGAUUAUUGUGUGUAAAAUAAGCUCUGACAGUGUGUUUUAAUAGAAAUUGUAGUGGAUGAAUAAGUACGCACACUGUGUUGUCACCUUUGCAAGUCGUAUCAAAACAUUGAAAUUUUAAUAUUUAAUAUUCAAUAAAAAUAACAAAAUGAAUAUGCUUAGGCUAUUUAUUAAAAUGU